CUUUCACACCCUAAACGGCUAAACCAAAGCUUUGAAAAAAAUUCCAUUUCCCAAGUUAAGAGCUUCGAUCAUCAUGGAGAAGAUGCUGAUGUGCCUGGCCGUGGUGACGAUGCUAGUGUGGGGCUCUGCCGGUGCCGCGGAGACGGUGGCGCAGAAGUGCAGCGACCAGUUCCAGAAGGUGGCGGUGUGUCUGACCUACGCGACGGGGAAAGCGGCGACGCCGACCAAGGAGUGCUGUGAGUCGGUUAAGGGGCUUAAGGAGACCGAGCCGGAGUGUUUGUGCUAUGUGAUUCAACAAGCCGGCAGCGGUAGCGAUCAGAUCAAGAAGAUGGGGAUUCAGGUCGCUAAGUUGCUUCAGCUCCCUACUGCAUGCAGCCUGAAGGACGCCAACGCCAGCAACUGUCCCGCUCUACUAGGACUAGCUCCCAACUCCCCAGAUGCUGCUAUUUUCACAAAUGGUACUACUACAUCUACCGCAACGCCGAGUUCGAAUUCAACUACAAUUUCUGGACAAUCUGCACCUGACACAGCAACUGCAGCUAGUAAUGGAGUGAAGCUUGGCCCUGGUUAUGCUGGUCUGGCGGCGGCAGUGGCUGUGCCCAUCGUCUUCCUUGCAUUCUCACCGGCGGGUGGCUUUGUACGCCUCUAAGUUUUAAAAAGUUAAUCUUUGUUUAGCUCGUCAGAGUAAUGCGGAGAAGGAGACCUUGACUAUUAGUAGACUAGCUAGUAGUCUGAAUUUAAGAGUUCUCUGUUGUUUUUGGGCAAUUUUCAGGACUACGUUUGAUGCGUCUUUGCUUAGUUUGUAUUUUUGUUCAUUUGACUCGGUUUUACGUAGACCGGUUAAUUUAUGUUCCUUCGGAUUUACCACUUUCCAGGCCUGUAAUAUUGUUCAAAUGUUCGUCACUGAAGAAGACUCUUCAUUGUUGUUGAA